AUGGCCCUGCUGGCCGUUAGACAGCUCUGCGCGCUUGUCGUGUUUGUGUCGGCCGUGAGAGGAUUCAGCGUGGAAGACUGCGAGGACUCGCCGUACGAUCUGAACGUCGUUUUGCUGGAAGACGAUGUCUCACAGUGGAGCUUAAAGUUCGUGCAGUCGGCAGUCGAGGCGGCGAUUGAACUUGACAGGAGCAUUAAUGAGAGAGCAGGUCUGAACUACUCCAUCAAGGCAAACUUCCGCGGCUUCAACACCACCCUGUACCGACGCAGAGGCUGCGGAGCAAGUACCUGUGAGGGAGUCCAGAUCCUCAAAGAUCUUUAUAACACUAAGAACGUUGGCUGUGCAAUGCUGGGACCUUCCUGUACAUAUGCCACCUUCCAGAUGGUGGAUCAGGAUGUGGGACUGACCCUAACCAUUCCCAUAAUCUCAGCUGGGAGCUUCGGUCUUUCCUGUGAUUACAAAGCCAAUCUCACACGCCUGCUGCCGCCGGCUCGCAAAGUCUCAGACUUUUUCGUCCACUUCUGGAACUUCACCCACUAUGGCCUGAAACAUGAGUGGAAAACAGCCUACGUCUAUAAAAAGCCAGACAACUCAGAGGAGUGCUUCUGGUACAUUAAUGGACUGGAUGCGGCAUCAGCACUGUUUGCGACGAAAGUUAAGAGACACAUGUUGCGCAGCAGAGAGGAUUUUGUUGAAGCUCUGGCAGAACCUGAUCGUCAUAGCAACAUUUUCAUUUUAUGUGGGACCAUAGACGACGUUGCAGUCUUCACGACUGGGACCAAUAUACCGCCAGACGUCGCUUUUAUCCUCAUCGAUCUCUACAAUAACGACUAUCAUGAUAAUAAGACCGCGCCGGACUUCAUGAAGAAUGUGCUGGUCCUCACACUGGCCAAUAACAGGAAUUACUCUCACAACAACAACUUACAGCCCAACUAUACGAUUAAUGAUUACGUCGCUGCUUACCAUGAUGGUGUGCUGCUCUUUGGCCAAGUGAUGAGACAAAGGUUACUGGCUGCUCAGAACCAGUCCAUAUGUUGUCUGCCUGAGGAUCCCACUGCAAACCCUUUCAGAAACAUCAGCUUUCAGGGAUUGGGAGGAUAUUACUCUUUGGAUUCCUAUGGAGAUCGAGAUGUCAACUUUUCUGUGAUGUAUACAACCAAAUCAAACCCAACGUACAAACUGCUGUUCACUUUUGACACUUCAACCAAUGAAACCACCGUGGAGGAGUCCAAACCUGACCUAACCUGGCCUGGAAACCAGCUGCCUGACGACAGAAAUGCCAACGACAUGCCGACCCAGAGCAUUGUGAUGAUAGUUCUGGGGAUCAGUGUGGUACUGGCGACAGCCAUUGCCUUUGUCUUUUACAGACAGAACAGGAAAGAACGUAAAAACCAGAAAAGAUGGUCCCAUAUUCCUCCUGCUCUCAUCGCACCACUGGACGACAAAGAGGCCAGCCUGGUCUCUCUUAAGAUCGAUGAAGAUCAAAGGAGAGACAGUGUUUACCCAAUCAACAAAGGUCGCUAUGACAAAAAGCCUGUCAUCCUGAAGGAACUCAAACACAUCGAUGGGAAUUUCUCUGAAGAACAGAGGAUCGAGCUUAACUCUCUUCUCCGCAUUGACUACUAUAACCUGACGAAGUUCUAUGGCACGGUGAAGUUUGAUUACGGAGUGUUUGGUGUGUUUGAGCUUUGUGAAAGAGGUUCACUCAGGUAUGUCCUGAAUGACAGAAUCUCCUAUCCUGAGGAAAGCUUCAUGGACCUAGAGUUUAAGAUCUCUGUCAUGUCUGACAUCGCAAAGGGCAUGUCCUAUCUCCACAGCAGUAACAUCGGAGUCCACGGCAGACUUAAAUCAACUAACUGUGUACUGGACAACCGCAUGGUGGUGAAAAUCACAGAUUUUGGCUGCAACACCAUCCUGGCGCCCGGUAGAGAUCUGUGGACAGCACCGGAGCACCUGCGUGCCCAGGGUUAUUCUCAGAAGGGCGACGUCUAUAGUUUUGCUAUUAUUGCUCAGGAAAUUAUUCUGAGAAAGAGUCCGUUUUACUCUGAACUCUGCUCCGAUCCUGCGGAGAAAAUUUACAGGGUACAGUGGCCCAAUGGCCUCAACAUUUUCAGACCUGACCUUAACUUUGAGACAGCCGGAGAGACAGAGGUUGAGCUGUAUGUGCUGAUUAAGAACUGCUGGGAUGAGGAUCCAGAAAAAAGACCUGACUUUAAAAAGAUAGAGAGCAUGCUGAUGAAGAUCUUCAGCAAUUUGCACAACCAGACCAAUGCCAGCUACAUGGAUAAUCUGAUCCGGCGGCUGCAGAUGUACUCUCGUAACCUCGAGCACCUAGUGGAAGAACGGACCGUACUGUACAAGGCAGAGAGAGACCGAGCUGACCGCCUCAACUUCAUGCUGCUCCCUGGGCCGGUGGUCCGCUCCCUAAAAGAGACGGGUCGUGUGGAACCAGAACUUUUUGACGAGGUUACCAUCUACUUCAGCGACAUUGUUGGCUUCACCACCAUCUGUCACCACAGCACGCCGAUGGAGGUCGUGGACAUGCUGAACGACAUCUACAAAAACUUUGACAGCAUUCUGGACAACCACGAUGUCUACAAGGUGGAGACGAUUGGUGAUGCGUACAUGGUGGCAUCAGGCUUGCCGAAGCGGAACGGGAAUAGGCACGCUGUGGACAUUUCCCUAAUGGCUUUGGAUAUCCUGGAAUUCAUGGGAACGUUCCAGCUACGCCACCUACCUGGAAUCCCACUCUGGAUCCGAAUCGGAGUGCACUCAGGACCCUGCGCUGCUGGUGUUGUGGGGAACAAAAUGCCUCGUUAUUGUCUGUUUGGAGACACUGUCAACACAGCCUCACGAAUGGAGUCUACAGGACUACCUCUGCGGAUCCAUGUGAGUCAAUCGACCAUCAGUAUCCUCCAGAGGACAGACUGUCCGUUUGAGUACGAGAGAAGAGGAGAGACAUACCUCAAGGGUAAGGGGAAAGAGGAGACCUACUGGCUAACUGGAGUAACAGGACAGAAGUACAACCUGCCCACUCCACCGACAGCAGAGAAUAUUCAGCGUCUGCAGCAGGACCUGGCGGAGAUGAUAGUGUCCACUUUAGCCAAACGCGGGAACGAGAAGCGCAAGACUCUCUCUACACGACAGCGGAGGACCCAGCAGCAGGGCAGCGACGGACUCCCCGAAUACCUGCACCUUGCUGACCCCAGCACCUACCUGUAGAGCACACCUGACCAACUUCACAAAUACACGUAACCUCACCGGUACCAUAGAAACAGUCUUUACUCUACACCUGCAUUUACCUGUGGACUAUAGCUGCCCUUACUUAUGUGUACAUUACACCUUUAGACUGCACCUGCCCUGACUCACAGACAUCCCAGCGUGUAGCACAUCACUUUUAGAGCACACAGGCAAUCUGUAGCCGACACCUGCACAUUUGACCUGUAGGUAACCUGGAGUCUAGCAUGAACACUGUACAAACAGCCUGAUAAUGACAUAAUUACUCCUGUGUACUUUAAACCUGCACUGGCAUGUAGCCUACACCUAUACUUACUUGUAGCCUACGGCUGUACUUACCUUUUGUCUACACCUGUACUUACCUGUAGCUUGCACCUGUACUUACCUGUAACCUACAGAGGUUGGAGACAUGGUAGCCUUACUUGUGUAUUACGGCACCUUAACCUAGUGAAUAAGCCCAUAAACACUACCUAUGAAGAGUUAA